CGGUGCCCGGCUUCACGUCUCCGCCCGCGAGGAGCGCGCCCGGGAGAAGCCGAGGCUGUGAGGGGCCGAGGACCGAGGAGGCGGCGCCCUCCCGAGGAGGCGGCGGAGGGAGGCCCAGCGCGAAGAUGCCGCAGCUCUGGGCCCUGGCGCUCCCGCUGCUGCUCCCCUGGGUGGCAGGUGGAGUAGGGAACGCGGCCAGUCCAAGGGGUCGCGGGCUGUCGGCAUCGUCACUCCAGCCCGGGGUCUGUCGCUAUGGAACCAAACUGGCUUGCUGCUAUGGCUGGAGAAGGAGCAGCAAGGGAGUCUGUGAAGCCACGUGUGAACCUGGAUGCAAGUUUGGUGAGUGUGUGGGACCGAACAAAUGUAGAUGCAUUCCAGGAUACACCGGGAAAACCUGCAGUCAAGACGUGAAUGAGUGUGGAUUAAAACCCCGGCCGUGCCAACACAGAUGUGUGAAUACACACGGUAGCUACAAGUGCUUCUGCCUCAGCGGCCACUUGCUCAUGCCGGAUGCCACGUGCUCCAACUCUCGGACGUGUGCCGUGACAAACUGCCAGUAUGGCUGUAAAGACACAGAAGAGGGGCCGCGCUGUCUGUGUCCAUCCUCGGGACUCCGCCUGGCCCCAAAUGGAAGAGCUUGUAUAGAUACUGAUGAAUGUGCCUCGGAUAAAGCCGUCUGCCCCCACGACCGAAGAUGUGUGAACACAUUUGGAAGCUACUAUUGCAAAUGUCAUGUUGGUUUUGAACUAAAAUAUCUCAGUGGCCGAUAUGACUGUGUAGAUAUAAAUGAAUGUGCUGCAGACACCCACACGUGCAGCCUCCAUGCCAAUUGCCUCAAUACCCAAGGAUCCUUCAAGUGUAAGUGCAAGCAGGGAUAUAAAGGCAGUGGACUUCAGUGUUCUGUUAUCCCUGAAAAUUCUGUGAAGGAAUUCCUCAGAGCACCUGGUACCAUCAAAGACAGAAUCAAGAAGUUGCUUGCUCACAAAAAUAACAUGAAAAAGAAGGUAAAAAUGAAAAACAUCGCAGAACCUGGGGGGACUCCUGCCCCUAAGGUUGACUCUCAGCCCUUCAACUCUGAAGAGAGCGUUUCCAGAGAUGGGAACCCUCCUGGAGAAAGAAAGAGGAAUGAAGAGAGAAAGAAAGAGGGGCUGGAGGAAGAGAAAAGAGAUGAGAAAGCCCUGGCAAACCAUGUGGAGGAGCAGCAAAGCCUUCGGGGAGAUGUGUUUUCCCCUAAGGUGAACGAAGCGGGUGAAGUUGAUCUGGUUCUGGUCCAAAGAAAAGCUACAGCAUCCCGACUGGAACACAGAGAUUUAAAUAUCUCAGUUGACUGCAGCUUUGACCACGGGGUCUGUGACUGGAAACAGGAUAUAGAAGAUGAUUUCGACUGGAAUCCUGCUGACCGAGAUAAUGCUGUUGGCUACUAUAUGGCAGUUCCGGUCCUGGCAGGUCAGAAGAAGGACAUCGGCCGUUUGAAACUUGUCCUCCCCGACCUGCAACCCCAAAGCAACUUUUGUUUGCUCUUUCAUUACCGGCUGGCUGGAAACAAAGUAGGGAAACUUCGAGUGUUUGUGAAAAACAGUAAUAAUGCCCUGGCAUGGGAGAAGACCAGGAGCAUGGAUGAACGGUGGAAGAUGGGGAAGAUUCAGCUGUAUCAAGGGAUUGAUACUCCCAAAAGCAUCAUUUUUGAAGCAGAACGUGGCAAGGGCAAAACCGGAGAAAUUGCGGUGGAUGGCGUCUUGCUGGUUUCAGGCUUAUGUCCAGAUGGCCUUUUAUCUGUGGAUGGUUGAGUGUUACUGUUGUCUUUUGUAUCUUUAUAUUUGGCUUUUUAUGUCAGUUCUCUGUUUUUUGACAUUAUAUCAUAGAUCCUCCCCCCGGUUUAGAAAUACAAACUGAAAAAUUGUGAUGUAUCAACAGAAUCAUUAUUGUAAGAUGCCUUUCUUGUACAA